AUAGAAAAAACGGGAAAAUGGAGUUGAGCAGCAGUCCGGCCCGUAUCUCUCCUAAACCCUAACAAAGUCCUCCAAAACCCCCAAACCCUCCCCUUCUCUUUCUCCCCCCAACGUUCCCCAAUAUGACAACCACCGCUCCUCCAAACGACGCCGUUCCGAGCCUCGGCAACGUCCUGGACCGUUUAAAAUCCACAGCGCCGCCUCUGUUCUUAUCCCCAUCGCCUGAACUCGCCGAGUCAGCUCGGUCCGCUUCAAAACAUUUAUUCAAUCUUCUCAAACCCUACGCUCCUAAGUCGCCGUUUGAUUCUCUGUUGACUGAUGGAUUUGAUGCUGAGCAGAUUUGGCAGCAGAUUGACCUGCAGACUCAGCCUUUGCUUUCUAGUUUGCGUCGCGAUGUGAAGCGGUUCGAGAGGGAUGAGGGGGAGAUUAGAGGCUUUUUUCAGGUGGAGAAAGAGAGAGAGAAUGUGGAUGUAGAGAGAGAGAGUGAGGAGGUGGAGAGAGAAAGCGAAAGCGAGGAAGAAGAUGAAUUGGAAUUGAGUGAGUUAGAGAGUGAGGAAGAGGAGGAGAGAGAUGGAGAGGGAGAGGGAGUGGAAGAUAAGUUUUUGAAGAUUAAGGAAUUGGAGGAAUAUAUGGAGGAUGACGAGGCGAGGGAAUACGGAGUUAAGAAGACGAAAAAGAAACAGAACGACGAACUUGUUGAUGAUGAUGAUGAGGAGAUUGACGAGGAUGACGACGAUGAGGAUGAUGAGCUUGGACUCCUGGGAGUUGAUGUUGGUGAGGAUGAUGAGGAUGAUAUCAGGUAUGAGGAUUUUUUUGGAAGUCAAAAGAAGGCUGCUCCAAAGAAAAAAUCCAAACGUGAUGAUAAAUUUGAUGACACUGACUCCGCUGACGAAGAAAUGGAUGUUAUGAAUGAGGAUAAUAAGAAAGGCAAAACUCUUUCGACUUAUGAGAAGCAGCUUGAGAAACAGCGUUCUAAGAUAGAGGAAAUGGAGAAAAUGAACUUGGAACCGAAAACUUGGACAAUGGCAGGAGAGGUUACUGCUGCAAAAAGGCCGAAGAAUAGUGCAUUAGAGGUUGAUCUUGAUUUUGAGCACAAUGUGAGACCUGCCCCUGUUAUAACAGAGGAGGUUACUGCUGACAUUGAAGAAUUAAUUAAGAAACGUAUUCUUGAGGGGAGCUUUGAUGAUGUUGAGAAGGCUCCUACGUUGCCAUCUAUGGCACCAAAGGAAAUCAAGGAUCUGGACGAGAAUAAGAGCAAGAAGGGGCUUGGUGACAUUUAUGCUGAUGAAUAUGUCCAAAAGACUGGUUUGGUUUCAACAGCUUUAUCCUUUUCAGAUGAGCAAAAGAAGGAGGCAAGUACGUUGUUUAAGAAAUUGUGCCUGAAGUUAGAUGCUCUAUCUCAUUUCCAUUUCACUCCAAAGCCGGUUAUAGAAGAUAUGAAGAUACAAACCAAUGUUCCUGCUCUUGGUAUGGAAGAGAUUGCACCCCUUGCAGUCUCUGAUGCUGCUAUGCUGGCUCCAGAGGAAGUAUUUUCUGGAAAAGGAGAUAUUAAAGAAGAAGCAGAAUUAACACAAGCCGAGAGAAAGAGAAGGAGAGCUAACAAAAAAAGGAAAUUUAAAGCUGAAGCAGUUAAAAGGAUGGGAAAGAAACCGCGUGAAAGUACAUUGCAAGACGGCGAAGGAAAGGAUAAAUUGUGAGUGUUGAGUGAUCUUUCAGCAAGUGGCAUGCUAAUUAUCCUCCGUUGAAACCUCUGUUAUUCAUUUAUGGAUCGAGUCUGAUGCUCACAAUUCAGAGUAGGAAGAGAGAGAAGGAUAAUUGAGGUUGAUAGGAUUUGUGACGGUGAAGAAAGGGUACAAGCACAGACCAUCCUGGACUCUUGCUUGCUGGUUCCAUUUUAGUUAAAAUUUUUGAGCUUGGGGAGUUGUAGAUUAUCAUAGAUUUACCUUGUACAAGCCUUUACUAUAUAUGUGACUUGCGGAAACAUUUACAGUUCAGAUGGAGUUUUAUAGAUAAUAGGAACACGAUGCUUAUCAUUGUCAAUGGCAGGUGCCCUCUAUCAAUGUAACUGGGAAUCCGCGUUCAGAAUUUGCCAAGGUUUGUUGGAUUGUAAAAUCGAAAAAGCAGCUGUUCAUUAAAGGUUUAA